AUGGUGGCGAACCACGAGAGCCAUGGCCUGCUCUUGGCCGCUGCCAUCGUACUGCUCACUCUUCUUCUCGUUGUCAAGCUCCGGCGACGCCGCAAGCAGUAUGGUAACCCGCCUCCGGGUCCGUGGCAGCUGCCGGUGAUCGGCAGCAUGCACCACCUCGUGGGCGCGCUCCCGCACCGCGCCAUGCGCCACCUCGCCCUCCGGCACGGCCCGCUCAUGCUGCUCCGCAUGGGCGAGCUCCCCGUCGUCCUGGCCUCGUCGGCGGCCGCGGCGAGGGAGGUCCUCAAGACCCACGACGCUGCCUUCGCCACGCGGCCGAGGACGAACACCAUCACCACGCUCAAUGGGGACGGCGUCGGCAUCGCCCUCGCGCCGUAUGGCGACCACUGGCGCCGCGUCCGCAAGCUCUGCGCCACGGAGCUGCUCGGCGCGCCGCGGGUCCGGUCGUUCCGGGGGACGCGCGAGGCCGAGGCGGCCGCCCUCGUCGCGUCCGUGGCCGCGGCGUCGGCGUCGACGUCCGGAGCCGUCGUGAACGUGAGCUCCCUCGUCGCCACGUACGUCGUCGACGCCGUGGUGCGCGUCAUGGUCGGCGGCCGGAUCGGGAACCGCGACGCCUUCCUGGCGUGCCUGGAGGAGGGCCUCAGGGUGUCCGCCGGGUUCAGCCUCGCCGACCUGUUCCCGUCGUCGCGCCUCGCGCGCGCGCUCAGCAGGACGACGCGCCGAGCGGAGGCGAUGAUCCGGGAGAUGUCCGGGCUCAUGGACGGCGUCAUCGAGGAGAAACGCGCGAGGAAGGCGGCCGGCGCCGGCAGGGAGGAAGAGGAGGACAUCCUGGACGUGCUUCUGGACGGCGGCGGCGAUGCGCCCCUCGACAUCGGGACCAUCCGUGCCGUGGUGAGGGAUCUCUUCGGGGCCGGGAGCGAGUCCUCGGCGUCGACGCUGCAGUGGGCCAUGGCGGAGCUGAUGCGGAGGCCGGCGGCGCUCCGGCGGGCGCAGGCGGAGGUGCGCGGCGUGCUCGCCGGGCAGAGCCGCGUCCGGGAGGAGGCCCUGCAGGAGCUGCCAUACCUGCGGCUGGUGAUCAAGGAGACGCUCCGGCUGCACGCGACGGUGCCGCUGCUGCUCCCGCGGGAGUGCCGGGAACCCCGUCGCGUCCUGGGGUACGACGUGCCCCAGGGCGCCAUGGUGCUCGUCAACGCAUGGGCCAUCGGCCGGGACGCGGCGAGCUGGGGGCCGGACGCCGAGGAGUUCCGGCCGGAGAGGUUCGAGGAAGAGUCCGCGGCGGCGGUGGACUUCAGAGGGGCGGACUUCGAGCUGCUGCCGUUCGGCGCGGGGCGGAGGAUGUGUCCCGGGAUCACGUUCGGGCUCGCCGUCAUGGAGCUCGCGCUGGCGAGCCUCCUCUUCCAUUUCGACUGGGAGCUCCCCGGGGGCACGGAGGAGCUGGACAUGGCGGAGGCGUUCGGGAUCACGGCGAGGAGGAAGAGCGACCUGUGGCUGCAUGCCACCGUCGUCGUGCCACCUCUCUAA